UACGCGAUAGCAAAAAUGUCAGGUACAACAGCAGGGGUGGAUGUUUGGGUCACGCUUACACCGCAGCUACAAAACCUCGUUCUGAAAAGGUUAAAAAUGCCAAACAGAAGAAAGCGAUUUCUAUUUAAGAGAAUCAAGCCAAAGUCGUUUAUCCUCUUCCACCCCUUCACAUAAACCCGCCCACGACAAAUUUGUUGCUUUCAUUCAACUUCUGUACUUGCUUUUCUUUUCCUGUUUUGGUUAUUCAUGUGCUUGAUUCUUAUUUCCAGCUUCACAGGAUCACGUUUCUAAUUUUUUUUUUUUUUCUCAAGAAACAUGAACUAGUAUAGCUUCUCCUUUGGGUUGGAAAUUUUGGUGCUCUGCUGGGAUGUGAUGAUGCAUAUACCAGCUGCUUGAUUGAUUGACGCAAUGGUUUCUUUUGCACGUUUGAUGAGUUUUUUUGAGCAAGAUUGCGUCUUUACUGCUUUAUGAGGCUGAAAGAUGUGGAAUUCUUUACAUGUUCUUCAUGAGCACUUCAACGGUCUUAUGCCAACAUCUAAUGUUGGACAAGAAAAGGGUCUCUGGGAAUUGUGUUUCAUACUGCAAUGCUUCUUCGGUUCAAUUGAGCUGUAGGAGGAGAAGAUGUGGUGGGGUGGUUCCGUAUGCUCGGAAAAGUCAAGGGAAGAGGAGAAAUUGGUGGUGGAGAUUCUUUUUUGAUGAGGAUGGGAAUUGGCUUGGUUUGAAGGAUGAUGCUAUGCUCGAUGCAGUUGAAUCAGAGAGGGGCUCUGGUGAUGAUGACUCGUCGGAGAAUGAGAAGUUUGAGGCUUGGAAAAGGAGAGUUGAGGCAAUGGUGGAAUUGAGGGAAGCGCAGGAAGAGGUAAAGAAUGAAGAGAAUAGGAAGUGGGAGGACUGGCUUGUGGAUGCAAAUAGUGAUGAUGUUGGUAAUGGGGGAUCUUGGUUUGAAAACUCAAAUGGUGCAGUUGGAAGACCUGGAAAUGAUGUGGGGGAAGCAUUUAUUGAACUGCGUUCUGAGAGAGGAUUGAUUAAGUCGGUGGGGGAUCUAGUUCUGGGCAGAGAAGAUGAUGACAUUUUGUAUGAAGAUCAAGUUUUCCGUUAUGCCUCGCUGAAAUCGGCUAAGUUUUUAGCAGUGCUGGUCAUUCUGCCAUGGACUUUGGAUUUCUUGGUUCAUGACUAUGUUCUUGUGCCUUUCUUGGACAGAUAUGUCAAGACUGUACCACUUGCUGCACAGAUGCUUGAUGUGAGGAAAAAUCAAAAGCUUGAAAUGGUCAGGGCUCUGAAUACUGAGAAAGCACGUUAUCGGCUUGAAGUAGAGAUUGGAAAAUCUCCACCUCUUUCUGAUGAGGAGCUUUUCUUGGAGCUACGAAAUAAAGCGAUAGAGCUUCGAGAUGAGUGGAGGUUAGAGAACCGUAAAGCAUUUGCUAACAUCUGGUCAGAUAUGGUGUUUGGUGUCACAUUAUUCAUUCUUCUAUAUUUCUAUCAAAAUCAAGUAGCUUUGUUGAAAUUUACGGGCUAUAAGUUAGUGAACAACGUUUCAGACACCGGGAAGGCAUUUCUUAUAAUACUCAUUACAGAUAUUUUUUUAGGAUACCAUUCUGAAUCUGGUUGGCAGACGUUGCUAGAGAUUAUAGUUGAGCAUUAUGGAUUUGAGGUGGAUCAGGCUGCCAUAACCAUAUUUGUCUGCCUAGUUCCAGUUAUAAUUGAUGCUUGUGUGAAGCUUUGGGUAUGUCUCCUGUCCGUACUAAUCCUUCGAGACUUGCAACGCUUUGCUCAUUUAACUACACAUAUUGUUCUGCAGAUGUUUAAAUUUCUGCCAAGAUUAUCCCCGAAGGUGGCCAAUAUUUUUCAGGAAAUGAAGCGACAUUAGGAGGAAUUUUUUAUAUCUUCGAGGGGCAAUGCUGU